GGCACGGCCGUCGUGUUGAUCUUCAGCGACCCCAUGGUCGACGUCAUGUCGGAGAUCGGCGCCCGCACGGGCAUCUCGCCCUUCUACGUGUCCUUCGUGCUCGCGCCCCUCGCGUCGAACGCGUCGGAGCUGCUCGCGUCGUUCUACUACGCGCAGAAGAAGACGCGGAACUCCAUCACGAUCUCCUUCACGGCCCUCGAGGGCGCCGCGUCCAUGAACAACACGUUCUGCCUCUCCAUCUUCAUGGGGCUCAUCUACUUCAAGGGCAUCGCGUGGCAGUACUCCGCGGAGACCAUCGCCAUCGUCUUCGUCCAGCUCGCCGUCGGCGCCGUGCUCACGAAGAAGACGCUCACGAUGCGCGACGCGGCCAUCGUGCUCUCCUUCUACCCCGCCUCCAUGCUCCUCGUC